AUGUGUAUUAUGAAGACUUACGAAACACGCGGCCGUGGCGUCGUCGACCCGCCACCACGACGAGGGAACUUUACCUCCCAUCCACCAGCUGGCGUUAUGCGUCUACCACGCGACUGGCAGCGAACAUCUGUCGAGAGCUUCAGCGAUAAUGGUCGCUACGUCGAGUACAGACGAUCCCGAUCCCGACCCCGUGCAAUUGAGUACAUCGAAGAGCCUCGCCAGGAAGAACGAGCUAUGUUGAUCCACGUGGAAGUUACGUGGACGAGAGGGUUACGAGGCGAAGUGUCAGCCGUGUCAGGCAUUGAUCGUGCUCAACAAUCGCACACAAAACUGGGAGUUUACUGCGAGGACUAA